UUCGGGCACAUGUCGCGGAUCUCUCCGCUCUUUACUUUACUCGGCCACCACCAAGUCUUUUCACUACUCUAUUUCUUCACCUCGCCAUGGAGAGGGUACAAUAUCAGCAGGAGCAGGCAAAGCAUUCACACAUUCGUGCUUCCGUAAUCCUACUCAAAAACUUGAAUGUAGAUGCUCGAUGAGCUCAAAGAUCUGGUCGAGAAAAAAAUAUUCACCGUGAAGGAAACAAAACAGAUCAUAAAACAACGAACCGCAUUCGAAAACACUCUGGUUCGGCGCGUUGCCAGAAAGGCGGAUUUUUUGAGAUAUGCUCAGUAUGAAAUGAAUCUAGAAUUGCUCAGACGGAAGCGUUUACAACGAAUGAAGCUACCUCCUGGUCCCGCGACCGUCUCUGACUACGCUUUAGUGCGAAGGCAAUUUCACAUUUUUGAACGGGGCCUGAAGCGGUUCAAAUCCGACAUUGGGCUAUGGAUAGAAUAUAUCCAAGUUGCUCAAAAGGAGGGGGCACGGUCGUUGGUUGGGCGUAUAACCGCCAGAGCUCUCCAGUUUCAUCCGAAUACACCUGCUCUUUAUAUUCUAGCUGCCUCGCACGAAUUAAACCAUCUUUCACCAUCCACAGCCCGUUCGUUGCUACAGCGGGGUAUCCGGAUGAAUCCCGAGAGCAUCGAGAUGUGGAAGGAGUAUGUUAAAAUGGAAUUAGGCUUUAUUGAAAGUCUGAGAAGGCGCUGGGAUGUAUUAGGGAUCCACGAUAAUAAAACUGAUAAGGGGAAGGAAAAAGAGAAGCUGCUGGACUCGGAGAUUGUUGAUGAAGAUGGUGAUCUACCCAUGGUCACAACGACAGAUGAUGAUGCGGAUGUGACAGCUUUCGAUGGACAGGAAGGAACAGCAGCCAGGAAAGAGAUCAUGGGAGGUAUCAUUGUGAAGGCCGCUAUUUCGAGUGCUGUUCAAGCUUUGCCCAAGAUCGAGCUAUUCGAAGCAUUGGACCAAUUGAUCACAAGUUAUCCGUCACCUCCAGAACUUCGGGGCUCGGUAGUAGCCCACCUGGACGAGCUUCUUUCUGCGUCAUUUCCCGAUCAUCCAAGAGCAGUGAAAUUGCUCUGCAAGAGAGUGCUCCGUCCUGGUAUCGUCGGUGAACAGCUGGUUGACGGAAUUAAAGCCGCGAAUACAAUAAUCUUAUCUCGUGCUAGCGAAAGCAGCAAAGAAGAGAUGCUCCAAGCCUACUCAGAUUUUGUGUUGGAGCAAUAUCAUACGGUGUUGGAUAGCAAUCUGAAACUAUACCUAAUUUCGUCCUUGCAAGGGCUAAUUCAAACUCAAAAGAAGUCGCCAUCAUUGUUGUCUGCUCACAUCAGAUUAUUGACAGAGGCCGCACAGCGGGGCACAUCGGACAAGGAAAAGGUUUUGCUGAUUGCGAAACGGUACACGUCCAGGGUGCCUGAGGCCCCAAGCGUUUGGCUGGCUAGACUCACAGCGGUACGGGAUUUGGGCGAAGCUGUCGAAGAAGUAUGGAUGGAAGCUAGAGGGUGUGUAUCGGUCUCACAGGAAGAGACACUGACCGUGUGGACUUGGGGGCUGUCCUCUUUACCUCAGCAGCGUAAACGACAAGUGCAUGAGGAGCUCUUACGGGAAAGCAUAGGCGAUUCUGGACUCCAGGGUGUGCAUGAAGAGUUGCUCAUGUCCUAUGUGAGUCUAUUAGCGGGACAAGAAGUGCCACCGGCAACCGAGGAAGCUGCAGAUCACAAUCUCGGGGUCACGAAUGAUUCGAAAUCACACGCGGAGAGCUGGAAACGGGGAAUACGUUAUAUGCAAAGAACAUGUUUCCCGAGCGGAAGAGUGUGGCAGCAGGCUUUUAUGCGAUCGAAACAGGGGUGUGUCGGGGAGGAUAUGUUACGCGAUAUCUAUGAAUGCUGGCGACGAGGGGAGGAAGAGGACGCGACUGUGGAGUGGGCAAGAUGGUUACUGGAAAACGGGAAGGGCAAGGCAGCGACAGAUGUGAUAUUGAGGAGCAACAAUAGGGCUGUGGAGGAACGUUGGCGAAGACUUGUCGCUGCCGGGUAGCCGUAUAAUAAAACCUAAUCAUGAUGGCCUGCGGCUGACAUAUCUCCCUGCACUAAGAGUCCGAG